AUGACGACUGCAAACUACCAGUACAAACCUUUGAGACCGAACGAGAUUCGAGUAUUGCAGUUGUGCAAGGCUGAGCAUGGGGAAGCCACUUUCCGGCUCUCCCAUGAGAUCCUGGACGAGACACUCGACUAUGAGGCAGUUUCGUACACCUGGGGAAGCCGUAUCCGCGAAAAUGCAAUCCAACAUGCCGACACAGGCGGACGAGCCUUCGUAACAGCGAACUGCGAGCAAGUCCUACGCAGUCUUCUCUCCACUGGCAACGACCGCAUCUGGAUUGAUGGUCUUUGUAUCAAUCAAGGCGACAAACACGAACGAAGUGAACAAGUGCGUCUCAUGGGAAAGAUCUACCGGAUUGCGAAGCGCACCAUUGCGUAUAUUGGUGAGCACGACGAUCACUCUCGAGCCGUCAUGGCUGCCACCGCAGGAUCACAGACAUGCUUCCGCGCUUCUCAAACGAUUAUUCUUCAGGCGUACUUGGGUGAUUCAGGAAGCGCUGCUUUCAACAAACCUUGUUAUCAGAUCGGCCAUGAAGAGCUAAACUUCGACAUUUUGGGCAUGUGGAACUCCAAACUUGCCGUUUCAAGAGGCUAUUGGCACCACGAACAAGGCGUCGUUACCUUAAAAACCGAGUUUUCUCGCGGGUCCAACACGGGAAGCUACCAGGAGUGGGAUCAGAGCAUUUUACAUCCGUCAAGACGUGACUUUCUUCAAAAAAGCGUAUUGUGGAAAACGCCAGCGAGCGCCUUGAACCUCAUCACCUCCACAAGUCUCCUGAACCCGGGCUAUCUUUUCGACGUGCUAUGCGCUACAGCUCAUUACGAGUGCACCGAUCCAAGAGACAAGUUCUUCGCUCUGGUAUCUCUGUUCGCGAAUGGCUUGCCAGAAGCUUUGAAGCCGGACUAUUUGUGUAGCGUUGACGAGCUCUACACAAAUAUUUCCAGAUUCCUGUUAUCCUAUGGAGUCGCCAGAGUUCUGUCAGCUGCGACGUGCGAUGAUACAGGGAAAAUCCCGAGCUGGGCUAUAGAUUGGCGUCGCAAAUUUCACCAGGAUGCACUUGGUCGUACCGAUGGAGUCUUCGCGGCCUGUAGCUCGGCUGGUUUUGCCUCCUUUCGGCAGACGAAUAUUCGAAUUAUCAGUCAUCACGUCAUCAAAGUCAGAGGUUUGAGGCUCACACAAGUGUCGACCUGCUCUCCAAAUGCUGGACAGGCUGCAGCUCACGCGGAUUUGACCGAUCUGCGAAAGCUGAACGACUACCACAGGAAUGAGUGGCUGUACAUAGGCUAUGCCCUGUCUGGAGCGCGUCCGCUAGACCAAUACCUUGAACUCGUAAGCGCCGAUGGGAUAACAGGCCUAGUACCAAAAGAGACCCAACAGGGCGACUGGAUAUGCAUUCUUCUAGGAUUCACUGUUCCUUUCGUUCUCCGCCCCUGUAAAGCAGAGCAAUGGACGCUAUUGGGAGAAUGCUAUGUUCAGGAUUAUAUGCAAGGAGAAGCUGUAAAGGUCUUCAAAAGGCAUCACGUUCAUGACCCCGAACCAACAGAUCCUUUGGAAGACUUUGUCAUCAUAUAA